CGUACCUUCAUCCCUCCUGGUCCAACUCAUGGAUUCCAGUACGUCUACCUUCCUUCCCGCGGCCGCAUACCCAUUGGCCAGCUCCGCAAAAACCUGCACAAAAUUGGAGUGGACAAUGUCCGUGUCCUUGAUCUGCAUUACCCCGCCCGCCAAGUAGUCGCCGCCCUAAUUCACAACGAUUAUGCUACCGAUUUCACCGCACUUUUCACCAAACAUGGUGUGCACCCUAUUGCCGACUUUAAUCCCGCUGAUCCCAAACACCUUGGCGAUCCACAGUUUAAGGACCUCCCCAUUACCGAGCGUACCGCCAAAGCCCAAGAAUUUUUUUCAGCUCGCAUGAUCAAAGCCGUCAAUGGUAUUCGCUUCCCUGUGAAAUAUGCUGUUGCCCGAUUUUUCGCCUCCCAACAAUGGAUCUCACCAGAGACACUCGCCCAAAUCCUUCCUUCGCGCCCCAGC